GAAUUUUACAAAUUCACAAGUCAAAUAUUUACAAGAAUUUUAAAAAUCAAAUACACUUAUUCUUCCAAUGAGAUCUACACCCUUAGGAUUUGGUGCUCAACCGCAGUCAGUUUUUUAUUGCUCUAUUGAUGCGGAUGUGUAGACAGGAACACACAUCAAUGGGUACAAAAAACCAAACCUAUCUGACUGAAUUCAUCUUGCUGGGAUUUUCCUCAGGUCAGCAGACCCAAAUCCUGUUGUUUGUAGUAUUUCUCAUCAUCUACCUGCUGACUGUGUUUGGGAAUCUGCUCAUCAUAGUGCUAAUUCACGUUGACUCUCGACUUCAUACGCCAAUGUACUUCUUCCUUAAAAACCUGUCAUUUACUGAUCUCCUUUUCUCUACAACGAUUGUUCCCCAGAUAUUAUUCCAUUUGCUGGUAACAAGAAAGACCAUUUCCUUUGCUAGGUGCUCAAUUCAGAUGAUUUUUUUCCUAAUAGCAGGGUGCACAGAGAGUUCCCUCCUAGCAGUAAUGUCCUAUGACCGCUAUGUAGCGGUCUGCAAGCCCCUGCACUACUCCACCCUCAUGACCCAGAGGGUUUGUGUUCAACUGACCAUAGGAUCUUGGGCCAGUGGAGCAUUUGUGUCUUUAGUAGAUACCACAUUUACUUUCUCUCUCUCAUACCAUGGCCAGAACAUAAUUAAUCAUUAUUUUUGUGAACCUCCUGCCCUCUUGAAGUUGGCUUCAGAAGAAAGCUACAAAGCUGAGAUGGCCAUCUUUGCUAUGGGUGUGGUGAUCCUCCUUGGUCCUCUCUCCCUCAUCCUCUUCUCUUACUGGAAUAUUAUCUCCACUGUGAUUCAGAUACAGGCAGGGGAGAGGAGGCUCAAGGUCUUUUCUACCUGUGGUUCUCAUUUUAUGGUUGUUGUCUUCUUCUAUGGCUCAACCAUAUUUACCUACAUGCGUCCAAAUUCCAAGAAAAUGAACGAGAGGGAUAAGGUGAUCUCUGUGUUCUACUCAGUCAUAACAUCUAUGUUGAACCCAUUCAUUUAUAGCCUAAGGAACAAGGAUGUUAAGGAGGCAUUUAGGAAAGUAUUUGGAAGAUAGAGCCUCUUUGGAGGCAACGAUCUUUAUACUGCCAUACAAUUGUGGGGAUAAACAUAUUCCCAAGUGGUGCAACAUCUGUAACAGCUUUCUCUCUGAAGUGUCUCUAGGCUGAUACAUCAGAAAGGGUCACACAGGUGCCCUUGUACAUCUAGGG